AUGUUAGGUAAAACCGGCCUGUGCUUCAUUACGUUUCUCAUCUUGGCAUCCCUGGUCGUGCAAGCAAAAUUUCAAAAGAGGCAAUGGCUGAUUCCACUGAAUCCUAACAGUUUCAAGAGCUCCUCAGAUAAUCAGACUUUCCUGGUUGAGUUCUAUGUGCCCAAUUGCAAAAGCUGUGCUUCUUUGAGAUUAGAAUUGAAUUACUUUCUCACCAUCCUGGAGGCCGGAUCGAAUACGAAUAUCACAGUUGGAACCCUUGACUGCAUCAAGCAUGGGAACUUUUGCCAUGAGCUGAAUGUUACUGAUUAUCCAACUGUGGGCAUAUUCCAAAAGAGGGGAGAGCAGCACAGAUUCAUCGACGGAUCACUAAAUCUGCAAACGUUGCAGCAGUCCUUGGGGCUCCACAAUAGUGGCGGAGAAUUCGUGGGCCGUGGCUCCAACGAUGCUUUACGGUGUGUGCCAGGCAAUGUUUACCACUUGACUCCUGGAACCUUUACGCAGACCGUAGCAUCUGGAGUGUUUUUCAUCAAAUUUUAUUCACCCAAAUGCUUCUACUGCAUCCAACUGGCACCCAAGUGGAUAGCGCUGGCUAAAGCGAUGAAAGGAAAUAACAUAUGCGUGGCUGAGUUCGAUUGCCUGGCCUCAGCGGCAGUUUGCAGGAGUUUCAAUGUCACGCAAGUGCCGCACAUUGCUUGGCUCCGGAAUGGCGAGAAGGUGGAGGAAUAUACUGGACCGCGAGAUCUUCAGUACUUGGAAGAAUUUGCCGAAAUCAUGAUUGGGGAGAAGUACCAUGACGAUGACAGCAAUCUCUCAAUAAUCACCAUUAAAAAGGCGAACGACUUGUCUCUUAUGUUAGCCUUUAUGAUUUAUAUAUUUCGGUAA